AUGGUGCUCGAUUUGGAUGAAACAUUAAUUCAUUCACAUCAUGAUGGACUUCUCCGGUCGACAGUUAAACCUGGGACACCUCCAGAUUUUAUUAUAAGGGUAACUAUUGACAAUCAACCGGUUAGAUUCUUUGUCCAUCUUCGGCCGCAUGUUGAAUUUUUUCUGUCAGUUGUUAGCUGUUGGUUUGACCUUGUUAUAUUCACUGCUUCAAUGGAAAUUUAUGGGGCUUCUGUUGCUGAUAAAUUAGAUCAAGGACGUGGAAUUCUACAAAGGCGAUAUUUUCGGCAACAUUGCACCCAGGAUUACAACGGGUACACAAAGGAUUUGGCUGCUGUUCAUCCAGACCUUUCUUCAAUAUUUAUUUUGGACAAUUCUCCAGCUGCUUAUCGGAACUAUACUCAAAAUGCCAUUCCAAUAAAAUCCUGGUUCAGUGAUCCGUCUGAUACUUGUCUCUUAAAUAUUUUACCUUUUUUGGAUGCUUUAAGAUUAACUUCUGAUGUUCGCUCAAUUUUAGGUCGAAAUUUACAUCACCGGACACAACAAUUACAAUUAAUGCAGCAACAACAACAAUUUAGUUGUUUUCCUUCUAGAUGA